AUGGUUUCGACGGUAUCUUUGACAGCUCAACAAGUCAGGCUUGUUAAUAUGAAAGUUGACUAUAGUGAGAAUGAUUCGUCUUUUAACUCAUAUUUAGAUGUGGUGAAUAAGGUCAUGAAGCUAUCUAACACGAUUUUGAGAGGUGAAUUACCUGAAGAUGGUGAUGGAAGCUCAGAAAAUAGUCAAAAAGUAAAUUUUGAUAAAGAUUCUAUAAAAGAACUUAAACAGUUGGCAGAACUAAGGUAUCUAGAAUUGCAAACCUCAUUGGAAACUAAGAAAACUAUUUAUGAGAAUUGGGAACAAUCUAAUGAGUCGAUAGUGAAAAGGUUGUCUAGUGAUGCAUUGAACAAAAAUAAACCAAUGUUGGAAAAAUAUAAAUCAGAAUUACAACAAAGGAUGUUCAGAAUACGAGAAAUGUACAAUGCUGUGAAAAAGAUCAAUAGAGAAGUUGAAGCGUUGGUCGUGUCCAAGACGACCUUGAUGGUAACGUAUCAAGAAUGGGUAGAUAAGUUGGGGAAAGAAUUUACAGAUAAACUGAUUGCAAGACAAUAUUUAAAGCCUUUUAAUAGAGAAGUUGAAGGCAAGUAUAAAGUGUUUGAUAACUUUAAUAGAACUCCUGAGGAAUUGAAGAAAAGUAAUGAAGCCAUGAAAGUCGAUAUAGAAAAAUUAACAGUAGACUUAACAGAAUAUAAAGAUAAAUGGCUGAAAGAUGCUGACGUAUUUUCAAAGGUAUCAUCAUUGUUAAUGCAAGAAUUGGAAAAUAGAAAUAUCAAAUUGGAUACAAAUGAGGAAGAGGAAGAGGAAGAAGAUGAAGAAGAGGAUGAAGACCGUAGGAGAUACUUAUUAAAUAAGGAAAUAGAGGGAGAAAUGGAUAAUGAGAUGAACAAUGAAAUUGAAGACGAAAUGGCAGAUAUGGAAUUAGAUAAUGACAUAAAUGAAGACCCUGAAGGUGAUAUGGAUGAUGAAGAUGAAGAACAUGAAGAACAUGACGGAAAUAUUACAUCAGAAGAACAGGAUGAUGAGGCUCUAUCCGAGGAACAUCUCGAUGAUGAGCAUGUUUCUGAAGAACCCAUGGAUGAACCAACUCCAGAGGGAUCGGGCUCUCCAGAAGAGUUGAAAGAUGGGUCCAACGAUAUUCCAGUUGAUAUAAAUGAAGAAAAGGACUAUGGUUCGGAUGUUGAAAUGUCAUGA